AUGAACGCUUUUGGGAGCACAGUAUCCCAAGCCAUGCAGGCUCAUCAAAUCCACAAAUACUCAGUUCCGCACAAGUAUUCCCUCACUCCAGACGGUUACUCUAAGUACGGCUUCACCCGGGUGCCGGUACCUCGGGAUACCAUAGACUGGGACACUCCAUUAGACUUUUACGAUCCGCCCGAAUUCACAGACGAAUCAGCCAACACAGACGAGCCAUUGUACCCAGAUAAACUUCAGUUCAAUAAUGAUAAUGGCACUGUUAAUAGACUCAGUUAUGAUCGGCCAUAUCGUGUUGAUAUCACGGAUCCUCUUAACGUUCACGGCCGGACGGGUUUGAGAGGAAGGGGGAUUUUUCCAAGAUGGGGUCCUAAUCACUACGCUAUUACUGUCGUCACAAGAUGGUACCGGGCUGGAACCGGUAAGCAAGUUCACAGCAAAGAAAGACCAGUUAUGGAAGUUUUACUUCUAAAAGACAAGAGCGAAGAGGACAAAUACUUUCACAUACCAUCUGUUCAGAUCGAUACGAACGACCCGAAUAGAUUCCAGAGUAAGCUGUUUCUUAAGAAGAUGUGUUUCAACACACAGCAGUACAGAAAAUCUGAUAAUGAUACUCAUACGAAAAAGAGCAUGUUCAGGAAUUUGGCCAUGGCCAGCCAAGAUGAUCCUGAACUUGAUCGAGCUUUUCAGAAGCAGAAACAAGUGUAUCGGGGUUAUUUUGAUGAUAUCCACAACACUGAUAACGCCUGGAUGGAAGUGGAUGUUAUAAACGUUCACUUUGAGAAACCGCUUGCAGACAGACCUUUGGAGCCUGGGUCUCAGAUAGCUUUAGCUUGUUGGCAACGGCUGGACAGCAAGGUUCCUGUUCACAACAAUGAAGCGUGGCUGCUGAAGAAUACUUGUCAUAUAAACAAAGCCUUCAAUCCGUACAGUGGGGAAUCGCUCCUGUGA